UCAAAAAGUAGUGGAAUUUGCUGCGUGCGUUCUGAAAUUAGAUGCAAGUUUUAUUUUGUGAUAUCGAUCUGAUUUACAAAAUAUUACCUACAUUUUAUGCUCAUAUUUAAGAAUUCGCGUAGCAUUUAUCAUGAUUUGAUUACCUCGCUGACUCGGGAGUAAAAGUCGACGCAUGUUGUGCUAGUUAGACCAACAGUGCCUUGUAAAUUAGAUAAAAUUCUGUCCCGACCAUCACUUAAAUACUUCAUUUUUCCCCAGUGUGUUCACAUUGUUACUGAAGUUAUUGUAAAAUAUGAGCGUGUUGUAACCCUCCCUUCCCUUCCCUGACCCCUAUUCAGCUCCUUGGGCGACACCCAAUCAGCAACUCCACAUAGUCCAUUUAAAAAAUAAGUCCCGGUCCUCGUGAAGCUGUCAGAUGAAGUGUAUUCCGCCGCGCAAGUAAACGUUGUUUCAACGCAUAAAGGAACCUUCAUUGUACACUGUAAGUGAUGGUUUGUAGUUAAUAGGAAGGUUGCGUCCUAGCGCUUGUUACUGAUCUAGCGUGCAGAUUUUUCUUACUUUCUACUAAAAACCAAGUUAGAAUUUAAUUUCAGGUAUUUCAGAUGCAAUAUAAAGUUUCCCUUUGUAGUAUUUCCACAAUAACAAUAUUUCUGUUCCUCCCCGAGAGAAGGCCUAAUUAUUAUACAGACAAAAUUAGACAGCCAUGAUCUAGUAAGUUUUCGCUUUAACAAACAUUUUGAGCACAAAUCUGAUACAUUUAAAAUGCGAGGAAUAAUUUCUUUUGUCGCUAGCUAUGUAUCUAAAUGUCUAAAGUCGUUGGUACAAUAUAAAUAGGAAUUGGCCAGGAUUUUUUUCAUAAUCCCCCCCCAGAGAUCAUUGUUCUCUAAACACAAUACCGUAUGAGUACAGUACGGCGUUUUCUACCAGCAGUGGAAAAACGAGAGUCAUAUCCUCCAUUUGCUGAGAACAGUCCCAUACUCAGUACACAAAUCGAAGCUAGGAAAUUAAAUUUAUUAAUUUAAAUUAAAAAAAGCACGUCGAAUAGCUUUGUACAAUACGUUUUAAUGAUUAAACAACUUACACCUUAUUAUUGUAAGCAGUGCAUUAAUGCGCACACCGUAAGCCAAAUGAUGUAAUACAGGUUCACAAAAUUUAUAUUUUUAUAAUGUAUAUUUAAAGACAAAGAAUGAACUUCCCGCAUCAUCUUACGCAACAUUUUUUAGUCAAUGGGUAAUAAGGAAUUGUAUGCAUCAAACCUUUUACACAAAUAUAAUGAAUAUAAAUGCAAUUACAAAAGUUAAGGAUACUUAAGUAUGCCGAAAUCAAUUUGUGCUUGGCACCAUAAUAGUGAACGACACAAGUAUGUAUCUAGUUUUUGAGGCGGAUGUGGUCGCUGCCGCUGCACACCCCUCUCACGGUGUGCGAGUUUCAGCAGGGUGAUUGUUGAUGCUGAUUGUGAGUUAAAGGGAAGCGCUUUGAGUUCUCGGAGUCGGCGGAGAUCCGGAAUACCCUGAUCCGAAACAGCACCGUUUAAGCCGGUUGCGACGGUCCUCAUCCUCACUUUGGAAACGCACCGACAGGAUGACCCAACCUCGGCCCGACGAGUUCAUUCCGCCCCCGGAGUGUCCGGUGUUUGAGCCCAGCUGGGAGGAAUUCGCCGACCCCUUUGCGUUUAUCAACAAGAUCCGGCCCAUCGCGGAGAAAACUGGCAUCUGCAAGGUCCGGCCGCCCCCGGACUGGCAGCCUCCAUUUGCAUGUGAUGUUGACAGAUUGCACUUCACCCCCCGGAUCCAAAGGCUCAAUGAACUCGAGGCUCAAACCAGAGUCAAGCUCAACUUCUUGGAUCAGAUUGCAAAGUUCUGGGAACUGCAGGGAUGUACCCUGAAAAUCCCACAUGUGGAGCGCAAGAUUCUGGACCUGUACCUGUUAAACAAGCUGGUUGCCGAAGAGGGAGGAUUUGAUGCAAUCUGCCGAGAGAGGCGCUGGACCAAGAUAGCAAUGAAGAUGGGCUUUGCCCCGGGCAGGGCAGUAGGCUCACACUUGCGGGCACACUAUGAGAGGAUCCUCUACCCAUACAAUCUAUUCCAGGCUGGAGCCAACCUUCUGGCACCAGAACUUACUUCCAAACUCAUGCAUUUAGUGGCUGAUCCAGAUCUGAGAAAGUGUGUCCAGAAGCACAUGCUGACCAAUGAUGUGAAGGACAGGGAGUACAAGCCCCAUGACCUGGCUCAGCGACAGUCAGUCCAGCUAGCUGAGGUGUCCACCCCUGCACGAAGGGCCAAACGAAUGGGGGCAGAGGGGGGCUGCAUUAAGACAGAGGCAGGAGGGGCCUCAGAGAACCGCCCCAAUCUGAGAAGAAGAAUGGGUUCCUUUGUGGUCAAGCCAGAGUCAGAGAAAGGGCUUCCUGUCCAGGUGAAGCAGGAACAUGAGCCCAAUCUGUUGACAAAUGAAGUGGACAAAGCCAAGGCCCAGAACAAGAAGAAUUCCCCUGCAGUGGAUCAGUAUGUAUGCCUGGUGUGCGGCAGUGGCACUGACGAAGACCGCCUGCUGCUGUGUGAUGGCUGUGACGACAGCUACCACACCUUUUGCCUGAUCCCACCUCUCCAUGAUGUUCCCAAAGGGGACUGGCGGUGCCCCAAGUGCCUGGCUCUGGAGUGCAACAAGCCCCAGGAAGCAUUUGGUUUUGAGCAGGCCUGCAGGGACUAUAACCUCCGUGCCUUUGGUGAUAUGGCUGACUCCUUCAAGUCCGAUUACUUCAACCUCCCCGUUCACAUGGUUCCCACUGAGCUGGUGGAGAAGGAAUUCUGGCGACUGGUUAGUACCAUUGAAGAGGAUGUCACAGUGGAGUAUGGUGCUGAUAUUGCCUCAAAGGAGUUUGGCAGUGGAUUCCCAGUCAGAAAUGGGAAAUUUAAAGUUGCUCCGGAAGAUGAGGUUUACCUGGACAGUGGCUGGAACCUGAACAACAUGCCAGUGAUGGACCCAUCAGUGCUAACCCAUGUGACAGCUGAUAUCUGUGGGAUGAAGCUGCCCUGGCUCUAUGUGGGCAUGUGCUUCUCCUCCUUCUGCUGGCACAUUGAAGAUCAUUGGAGCUAUUCCAUAAAUUACCUGCACUGGGGAGAACCAAAGACAUGGUAUGGUGCCCCAGGCUAUGCAGCUGAACAGCUGGAAGAGGUGAUGAAGAAGCUGGCCCCUGAACUCUUUGAGGCCCAGCCUGACCUGCUACACCAACUGGUCACCAUCAUGAACCCCAACAUCCUGAUGGCACAUGGAGUGCCAAUCUAUCGCACCAACCAGUGUGCAGGGGAGUUUGUCAUCACCUUCCCAAGAGCCUAUCACAGUGGCUUCAACCAGGGCUUCAACUUUGCAGAGGCUGUCAACUUCUGCACUGUGGACUGGAUGCCUCUUGGUCGUCAGUGUGUCGACCACUACAGGAUGCUCCACCGAUACUGUGUCUUUUCCCACGAUGAGCUGAUCUGCAAGAUGGCCUCCAAGGCUGAAACUCUGGAUGUAGUACUGGCAUCUGCAGUGCAAAAAGAUAUGGCCGUCAUGAUACGAGAAGAGAGGGAACUGCGCGAGAGAGUCCAAAAAAUGGGGGUGGUUCAUUGCCAGCAGACAGAAUAUGAUCUCCUCCCAGAUGAUGAAUGCCAGUGUGCCAGGUGCCGGACCACCUGCUACCUGUCUGCUCUUACCUGUCCUUGCAACCCAGAGGUCCUUGUGUGUCUACACCAUGCCCAAGACCUCUGCUCUUGCCCUGUUGAAGGCUACACCCUGCACUAUAGAUUCACAUUGGAUGAGUUGUACCCAAUGAUGAAGGCCAUAGCUCUGCGUGCAGAGUCCUACAAUUUCUGGGCUUCCCAUGUCACUGACAUACUGGAGGCCAAACUGGACAAAAAGAAAAGUCUUGUGGAAUUCCAUGCCCUGAUUGAGGAGUCUGAGACAAGGGCAUUCCCAGAAAAUGACCUUCUGCGGCACUUGCGCAUGGUGACCCAAGAUGCAGAGAAGUGCUCCUGUGUAGCUCAGCAGCUGCUCAAUGGCAAGAGACAGACCAGGUCUCGCUUGGGAGGAGGGAAGUCUCAGAACCAGUUGACAGUGGAAGAGCUAAAGUCAUUUGUCAGGCAGCUGUACAACCUACCCUGCAGCAUCCACCAAGCACCGUUGCUAAAGGAGCUCCUUAAUCAUGUGGAGGACUUCCAGCAAGAGAGUGAGAAGGUCCUGGCAGAGGAGACACCCAGUGCAGUAGAGAUCCAGUGCCUGCUGGAUGUCAGUAGUGAUUUCGAUGUGGCACUGCCAGAGCUACCAGUUCUGCGAGAACGACUGGAGCAGGCCCGUUGGCUGGAGGCGGUGCAAGCAGCCAGCUCCUGGCCUGCCAGUCUCUCCCUGGACACAAUGCGGCGACUCAUUGACCAGGGUGUGGGUCUUGCCCCUCUCUCCUCUGUGGAGAGGGCAAUGGCACGCUUGCAGGAGCUGCUCACUGUGUCUGAACACUGGGAGGACCAAGUCCACAAUCUUAUUAGGGCGAGGCCUCACCACUGCUUGGAGAUGCUGGAGGCUGCAGUGCAGGAGGUGGAGAACAUACCUGCCUACUUGCCUAACUGUCUGCAGCUGAAGGAUGCUGUCAGCAGGGCCAAGGAGUGGCUCCAGGAUGCAGAGAAUCUACAGCUUGGUGGGCGAAUUCCCGUGCUGGAUGCCUUGUUGGACUUGGUGUCACAGGGGCGCUCCAUUCCGGUCCAGCUGGAUCCUCUACCCCGCCUGGAGUCUCUAGUAUCAGAGGUGCAGGCCUGGAAGGAGUGUGCAGCCAAAACCUUCCUGACUAAGAAUUCUCCAUUUACACUGCUAGAGGUGCUGUGCCCAAGGUGUGAAGUAAGCACAGGGGCGCAGAAGUCAAAGGGCAAGAGGAUAAAAGAUUUCCAUUGUGGCAAGAAAAAAGCAGCAAAGCUAGAGAGCCUGAGUGAUGUGGAGAGAGCCCUUUCUGAGAGCAAGGACUCUGCCUCAGCUAUGGCCACGCUGGGUGAGGUGCGGCUAAAGGAGAUGGAAGUGCUUUUCUCCAUACGAAUGGCCAAUGAGUCCAAAUUGCUGCCUGCAGUGAACUGCUCGAGCUUGCAUGUGUGCGUGUGUCAAGAGGCACCAAAAGGCUCCAUGCUGAUUUGUGAGCUGUGCCGGGAUGCCUUCCACAGCAACUGUGUGCCCAGCCCCUCUGAUCCACGAAGUAUCCAGCCCUGGUUGUGCCCACAUUGCCGACGAUCAGAACGGCCGCCCUUGGACCGUGUGCUGCCUCUGCUGGCAUCGCUGCAGCGGCUACGUGUGCGGCUUCCUGAGGGCGACGCGCUCCGCUAUUUGAUUGAGCGUACGGUGAGCUGGCAACAUCGGAUGCAACAGGUAUCUGCCUCCUGGAAACUGCCAGCGCUGCGAGAUCGUCUAGGCUCCACUCCCUUUGCCAAGUCAACACAUUGUCUCAAAGGCAGUCCAACCCAGGAAUGGAGCAAUUCAGGCCAGUCUCAGAUGGCUUUUCACGCAGAGCAGCAGUGCAUUCCUCUUCAGGGUCUGAGCCGUGAACUAGAGGAACUAAUGGUGGAGGGACUGCUGCUGCAGGUGACACUCCCAGAGACCCAGCAGCUAUACUACAUCUUGCUGAACCGGUUGGCCUCACCGCAGGGGUCUGACAGCACCACACACUGGUUCCAUAGUCCCGGACGAGGAGAGGGACAUGAAGAGGGUGGACUGUCAAGCCACAAGAAGGAAGUGGGAUGUGGUCUGGACAAGAAGGCCAAGAGGCGCCUGGAACGGGAGGGUCGGUGUCGAACCAAGAAGCCUCAAAAGAAAAAACCUAAGCUGAGCAAGGAGAAGAGCCGUGAGGGCAAGACUGCUCCCACCCCUUCCCCCUCCCAACUCUCGGACCUGUCCCCCUCAGAUGAUUCAGAAGAUGACAUGGUCCUGUGCCCUGCAGAGUGUUGCCAGCAGCCUGAAGGAGAUGAGGUGGACUGGGUCCAGUGUGAUGGCAGCUGCAACCAAUGGUUCCACCAGGUGUGUGUGGGUGUGUCUCCUGAGCUGGCAGAGAAGGAAGACUACAUUUGCGUCAGCUGUACUAUGAAAGAUGGCUUCGUGAGAAAAUGAGGAGAGAAGCGGAAGGGAAAGAGACCUGGAAGGAAUAUUGGGCGGUGGGGGGUAGACUUCCAACUUGUUGUAAUGUCUUGGCUGUGGUUAUUUAAUUUGACUGCCUAGACAUCCUGCCCACUCACCCCCAUCCCCCUUGUAACAAUGGUGCUACUUCCUCCUUUGUGGGACUGUUUUCCCAGAACCGUUGUAUGAUAUUCCUCUUCCGAUGACCUGUUUAGUUGUAAGAGUACCACGAUGUGGCAUGUGCUGCAGGGGUUUCCAUCCUGUUGGUGUGAGAGAGGCUCAGUGAAGCACCUUCCCAAGAACCACACUAUCCUCUGGGACAUUCCUGUAUGAGAAACUCAAGAUGCUGGAUGCAGGAAAUUUCCCCCCCCACCCCCCCCUCACCAAAAAGAAAAAUUGGGGGGGAGAUGACUAUUUUUGGAAACCCACUGUUUAGUACAAGCAUCUGAAUAAUAUAAAGGCCUUUUUUUUGUAGGUUAGAUUUAUUUAUCUGAGCAAUAACUGAACUGCUCUGAGUUCAGUGGCUUGAAAUCUACUUCUGAAGAGUGUGCUGGUGCUAGUAGCCAUGUUUGAUGUACAGAAAGCUAACUAUUAGACAGUAGGAUCAAAGCAAUGAACUAGCAAUGUAGCAGGCAGAGGAGACUAUAAAUGAACUUCCAUAGCUUUGAAUUUUGGGGGUUGUUGGCAGAUGUAUUGGAGGGGGAGCUUGUUUUCGAAUGUUGCAGUUUAUAUUGUGGAAUAAAACCCUUUGUUCGCAUCUUA